UGGCCCCAGCAGCCCUUGUAGUCUCCGUGAUGUGGUUCCCAGCAGUCACCUUCCCCCUGAUCCUGCUGCUGCUGGGCCAGGCCCCUCCAAGCAGGCCACAGCCACUGGCCACCACGAAGCUGCGGCUGGUGGGCCCAGGGAGCAGGCCCGAGGAGGGCCGCCUGGAAGUGCUAUACCAGGGUCAGUGGGGCACCGUGUGUGAUGAUGACUUCGCCCUGCAGGAAGCCACCGUGGCCUGCCGCCAACUGGGCUUUGAAACUGCCUUGACCUGGGCCCACAGUGCCAAGUAUGGCCAAGGGGAGGGCCCCAUCUGGCUGGACAAUGUGCGCUGUGCGGGCACGGAGAGCUCCCUGGACCAGUGUGGGUCUAACGGCUGGGGCGUCAGUGACUGCAGCCACUCAGAGGACGUCGGGGUGGUGUGCCAUCCUCAGCGCCAGCGUGGCUAUGUUUCUGAGAGGGUCUCCAAUGCCCUCGGGCCCCAGGGCCGGAGGUUAGAGGAGGUGAGACUCAAGCCCAUCCUUGCCAGUGCCAAGCGGCAGAACCCAGUGACCGAGGGGGCCUUGGAGGUGAAGUAUGAGGGACAUUGGCGGCAGGUGUGUGACCAGGGCUGGACCAUGAACAACAGCCGGGUAGUGUGCGGAAUGCUGGGCUUCCCGAGCCAACAGCCUGUCAACAGCCACUACUACAGGAAGGUCUGGAAUCUGAAGAUGAAGGAUCCUAAAUCUAGGCUAAAGAACUUGACUAAGAAGAAUUCCUUCUGGAUCUACCGUGUCACCUGCCUGGGGACAGAGCCUCACAUGGCCAACUGCCAGGUGCAGGUGUCUCCAGCCCGGGGCAAGCUACAGCCAGCCUGCCCAGGGGGCAUGCACACUGUGGUCAGUUGUGUGGCAGGGCCCCGCUUCCGCCCACCCAAGGCGAAGCCUCCUCACAAGGAAUCCUGGGCACAGGAGCAGAGAGUGCGCCUGCGCUCCGGAGCCCAGGUGGGCGAAGGUCGGGUGGAAGUGUUCAUGCACCAUCGGUGGGGCACUGUCUGUGACCACAGGUGGAACCUCGUCUCUGCCAGCGUCGUGUGUCGUCAGCUGGGCUUUGGCUCUGCUCGGGAGGCCCUCUUUGGGGCCCAGCUGGGCCAAGGACUGGGCCCCAUCCACCUGAGUGAGGUGCGCUGCAGGGGGUCUGAGCGGACACUCAGUGACUGCCACGCCCUGGAAGGGUCCCAGAAUGGUUGUCAGCACGAGAAUGAUGCUGCUGUCAGAUGUAACGUCCCUAACAUGGGCUUCCAGAAUCAGGUGCGCUUAGCUGGUGGGCGCAGUCCCGAGGAAGGUGUGGUGGAGGUGCAGGUGGAGGUGAAUGGGAUCCAACGCUGGGGGGCUGUGUGCGGUGACCACUGGGGGCUCACCGAAGCUAUGGUGGUCUGCAGACAGCUCGGUCUGGGUUUUGCCAACCAUGCCAUCAAGGACACCUGGUACUGGCAGGGGACGCCGGGAGCUGGAGAGGUGGUGCUGAGCGGCGUGCGCUGCUCUGGCACUGAGCUGGCCUUGCAGCGCUGUCAGAGACAUGGGCCGGUACACUGCUCCCAUGGCCCAGGCCGCUUCUCGGCAGGAGUCUCCUGCACAGAUAGUGCUCCUGACCUAGUGAUGAACGCCCAGCUUGUGCAGGAGACGGCCUACUUGGAGGACCGUCCACUCAGCCAGCUGUACUGUGCCCAUGAGGAGAACUGCCUGUCCCGGUCUGCAGACCUCAUGGACUGGCCCUAUGGACACCGGCGCCUGUUGCGCUUCUCCUCACAGAUCCACAACCUGGGCAGGGCUGACUUCCGCCCCAAGUCUGGGCGCCACAGCUGGAUUUGGCACCAGUGUCACAUGCACUACCACAGCAUUGAGGUCUUUACCCACUAUGACCUGCUCACUCUCAAUGGCUCUAAGGUGGCUGAGGGCCACAAGGCCAGCUUCUGUCUAGAGGACACAAACUGCCCCACAGGACUGCAGCGGCGCUACGCAUGUGCCAACUUUGGGGAACAGGGAGUGACUGUGGGCUGCUGGGACACCUACCGGCAUGACAUUGACUGUCAGUGGGUGGACAUUACAGAUGUGGGUCCUGGGGACUAUAUUUUCCAGGUAGUUGUGAAUCCCAAAUACGAGGUGGCAGAGUCAGAUUUCUCCAACAACAUGAUGCAGUGCCGCUGCAAGUAUGAUGGGCACAGAGUCUGGCUGCACAACUGCCACACAGGGGAUUUAUCCCGAGCCAAUGCAGAACUCUCCCUGGAGCAGGAGCAACGUCUCAGGAACAACUUCAUCUGA